AUGGGACUGGGCGCCCUGGAGCAGGGGGCGGUGCUCGUCGGGGAGGCUCCGGCCGCACAGCAGCCCACGGCGGGGGGCGGGGGGGAAGGCUCAGGCAUGGCGGGCUGCAGGUCCCGAGCCCUGCCGCUCCGACGGCGGGCUGAAGGGCUCCUCAAGCGCGGCCAGAGUGGGCGCCAAAGCCAAGGAGGCACCGAGAGCGAGCAAGAGCUGCAGAGGGCUGCCAGCACGCUGUCACCUCUCAGAGUGAGAUACUGGUAUGGCUUGUAUCUUGAGAAGGGAAAAUGUGGACACAGAAAGAUAGUGGAAGAUAAUGUAAAGACACAGGAGAAGACAGCCAGCUACAAGCCAAGAAUGUCUCCCCCUAACAAGAGAGUGGGGCUUUCAGGCAUAAUUGGAAAAGCAUGUGAAAAGAGUAAAGUUCUCCAUUUACAACUUAGUGGCUGGGAGAAGUAUCUAGUGACUGGCUGUUCUAGGACCCCUCGGAUAGUGACAGAUCUGGAGGACAGUUGUCCGGGACAGGAGACCUAUACUGGCUUAUCCUCAUCCCAAAACCCUACUAACUUUUGGAUGUGCCUCCCCCUGCACUUCAGGCCAUACAUUUCAAUCCCUGUACCUGAACAAUGCAACAACUCCAGCACAAAAAUUAACACUACUUCCGUUUUAGUAGGACCUCUUGUUUCCAAUCUGGAAAUAACCCAUACCUCAAACCUCAUCUGUAUAAAAUUUAGCAAUACUAUAGAUACAACCAACUCCCAAUGCAUAAGGUGGGUAACUCCUCCCACAAGAAUAGUCUGCUUAUCCUUAGGAAUAUUUUUUGUCUGUGGUACCUCAGCCUGUUGUUUGAAUGGCUCUUCAGAAUCUAUGUGCUUCCUCUCAUUCUUAGUGCCCCCUAUGACCAUCUACACUGAACAAGAUUUAUACAAUCAUGUUGCACCUAAGCCCCGCAACAAAAGAGUGCCCAUUCUUCCUUUCAUUAUCGGAGCAGGAGUGCUAGGCGGACUAGGUACUGGCACUGGCGGUAUCACAACCUCUACUCAGUUCUACUACAAACUAUCUCAAGAACUAAAUGAUGACACGGAACGGGUCACCAACUCCCUGGUCACCUUGCAAGAUCAACUUAACUCCCUAGCAGCAGUAGUCCUUCAAAAUCGAAGAGCUUUAGACUUGCUAACUGCCGAAAGAGAGGGAACCUGUUUAUUUUUAGGGGAAGAAUGCUGUUAUUAUGUUAAUCAAUCCGGAAUCGUCACGGAGAAAGUUAAAGAAAUUCGAGAUCGAAUACAACGUAGAGCAGAGGAGCUUCAAAACACUGGACCCUGGGGACUCCUCAGCCAAUGGAUGCCCUGGAUUCUCCCCUUCUUAGGACCUCUAGCAGCUAUAAUAUUGCUACUCCUCUUUGGACCCUGUGUCUUUAACCUCCUUGUUAAGUUUGUCUCUUCCAGAAUCAAAGCUGUGCAACUACAAAUGGUUCUUCAAAUAGAGCUCCAGAUGCAGUCCACGACUAAGAUCUACUGCGGACCCCUGGAUCGGCCUGCUAGCCCAUGCUCCAAUGUUAAUGACAUCGAAGGCACCCCUCCCAAGGAAAUCUCAACUGCACAACCCCUACUAUGCCCCAAUUCAGCAGGAAGCAGUUAGAGCAGUUGUUGGCCAACCUCCCCAACAGCACUUGGGUUUUCCUGUUGAGAGGGGGAA